AGCUCCUAGCUGUCUCUCUGCCCGCCACAGCUCCACCAAAGGGUGGGGAGGAAGAGAGGAUUUGCCCCAGGGUCCCGAGGAGAGGCAGGUGUGUGCAGGUUCAUCACCUGGAUCAUGAGGGCAUCCUUCUUCUGGCUCCUCCCACUUCUCCUCAUCCUGGCCUCCGUGGCCCAAGGCCAACCAAGACCAAAACCUGGGAUUAGACGGAAACCCAAGCCAAGGCCCACACCCAGCUUUCCUCAGCCCCACGAGCCAGCAGAGCCUACAGACCUGCCUCCACCCCUUCCUCCCGGCCCUCCAUCUGUCUUCCCCGACUGCCCCCGGGAAUGCUACUGCCCAGCUGACUUCCCAUCAGCCCUCUACUGUGACAGCAGAAACCUUCGCAAGGUGCCCGUCAUCCCGGCCCGCAUCCAUUACCUUUACCUACAGAACAACUUCAUCACCGAGCUCCCUCUGGAGUCUUUCAAGAAUGCCACAGGCCUGAGGUGGAUCAACCUGGACAACAACCGAAUCCGCAAGGUGGACCAGAGGGUGCUGGAGAAGCUCCCCAGUCUGGCGUUCCUCUACAUGGAGAAGAACCAGCUGGAGGAGGUGCCGGCGGCCCUGCCCAGGAACCUAGAGCAGCUGCGGCUGAGCCAGAACCACAUCUCCAGGAUUCCACCCGGCGUGUUCAGCAAGCUCGAGAACCUGCUGCUCCUGGACCUGCAGCACAAUAGGCUGAGUGACGGGGUCUUCAAGGCCGACACCUUCCAGGGCCUCAAGAACCUCAUGCAGCUCAAUCUGGCCCACAACAUCCUGAGGAAGAUGCCACCCAAGGUCCCCUCGGCCAUUCACCAGCUCUACCUGGACAGUAACAAGAUCGAGACCAUCCCCAAUGGCUACUUCAAGGGCUUCCCCAACCUCGCCUUCAUCCGUAUGAACUACAACAAGCUGUCAGAUCGAGGGCUCCCCAAGAACUCCUUCAACAUCUCCAACUUGCUGGUACUCCACCUGUCACACAACAAGAUCAGCAAUGUGCCAGCCAUCAGCAACAAGCUGGAACACCUGUACCUCAACAACAACAGCAUUGAGAAAAUCAACGGGAGCCAGAUUUGCCCCAACGACCUAGUGGCCUUCCAUGACGUCUCCUCGGAUCUGGAAAAUGUGCCCCAUCUGCGCUACCUGCGGCUGGACGGGAAUUUCCUGAAGCCGCCCAUCCCACUGGACCUUAUGAUGUGCUUCCGCCUCUUGCAGUCUGUGAUCAUCUAAGCUGUGCUCAGGGCUGCGCUCCCUCCCUCCUGAAGGCACCUGCAGGCUGGUGUCCACCGUUCUUCUCUGUCUCUCCUGCUCCCAGCCCUGCCUUUCUUCCCAUCCCUUUCUGAGGGCGGGGAAAGCCAUGUGCCCUAAGCCUCCAGCUCUAAGCAAGAUUCCCCACCCAGUCCAAAGACACCCUGCCAGCAGAAACCUCUGGUCUUCUUUGGUCUCCCUUUGCUUCAGAAACAGGUGUAUGCCAACAGACGCAUCCCCUCCCUCCCUGGGUAGGGCCAUGGACUGACAUCUUUUCUUAGUCGAGCAAGAAUUGGAAGCCAUCCCAGAGGUGCGCCCUGGAAAGUUCGGCUGAGAGCUCCUCCACCUUGGGCAUCUCUGCCUCGAGAAGGCGGACAAACCCAGGUCUCUUGGGCCAAGAUUCCCUUCUUCUAGAACUAUCCCUCUGCCCUGCUGUUCCCUGACACCAGGCAUCACCCCACUCACUGCUGCCUCACACUGUCCAGGAAGGAAGCGUGAGGGAGUGACCGAGGUGGGGUGGAGUCAUGGCUUCUCCAUCAGCCCCUUCCUCCUCCCCCUUCUUUCUCCUCUGGGCCGAGCACAGCAUACACCCUCUCGGCUGGGUCUCAGAGAGGAACAGCCAGGGAGAACAGUGGUUCAAGGAACUAGAAUUUAGCUAAUGGGUGGUGGCUGGGAGUCAGAGUCCCACAAUGAGCCUACGUGGAUGUGGAUGAACCCUACAGUCUCCCUGACCCAAACUUGACAAGGGAUCCAAAGCCCUGGAGGACAGGGUUCACAAGGGAAGGCCAAGAGGCAGCAUCCCAGGCUCUAUUACUAUUGUGUGUGUGACCCAGUCCCCAUCCCAAAGACAGUUCUUGAGAAACAGGGACAAAGGGGGCGGAGCACCGAGAAAUCUCCCAGAAGCCUCUUUCACACUGGGGAUUAGCCUCCACCUCUAAAGCAGACUCGUUGGUGACAUCUGGUGGCUGGUGAAGGUCACGGCUGGCUCCACUCUGCUUGGGGUGAUGGUGCACACAGCUUCCACAGGGAAAGGCAUAGGGAAGCAUUGGGAUUCUAAGGGAAGCUAGUUUGACCUUGCCAGGUCUCUGGCUCUCAGCCUCAGGCAGUAGGUGGGCUGCGCCCCUCCCCCAGGUCCUCUUGGAGCUGAGUUGCAUGUCUACACAUCCUUCCAGAGCACAUCUAAUGCAGGACAUGCGGUGUUACCCUGUCCCCUUGCAGUAAUUUAUUCCCUGCGCAAGUGCCCCUCCCCCAAAGGCUUCCCGGCCCUCCCUUCCCAGCCCAGGCCAGCAAGCAACUUGGCAGGUUUCCAAGAGCCUGGGCUUCUGGUCUUUUCAUUCUCUCCACCUUCCUCAAGGGGAGGCUGCACCUGCCCGACCACAGUUCCCUGAGAGUAUGAUGGAGAGGAAUGUGGGGAGGUGAGUGUUCUAGAAGUGAGUGAAGCACAGAGCCCACCCUCACUAGGAUGGGGGAGGCUCCGGGGGCUCUAGCAUCUGCCCAGGAAUAGUGUCCCACACUGUUUUUAAGACACCGGAUCCCCAUUCAUACUCUUGGUCACAUUCCUUGUCUGCUCAGGAUUGAAAAUAGAGCCUACUCGACACAACCUCUCCUCCCCUGGCCGUGCGACCCCCUCAUUCUUCCCAGCUACAGCUGGUUUCUCCAAGGCUCCUGCUUAAAGUCAAUAAUCCAGUAUUACGGCUGAAAGCAACCCGGUGCUAUGGCCUGGACAAGCCCCUCUGCAUCUAUGCACAGCCUGCAGCCCCUUUGUUGGGGGCUGUGUGGAGCUCCUGCGGCCGCUAGAGAUGGGGGUGGGCACUGAUCCUGCAGACCUGAAGGAGCAGUCACACCAUCAGCAGCGCAGUAUCCACCUAGAACAUACCAGCUUGCCCCACUGGUCUCUGAAGCUGUCAGCUAGAAGGGCUAGAGUUAAACUGGCUUUACAGGCGACAGGCAGGCAGACAGACACACGUAACACUGUGUGUGUGUGCUCUCACACAAGCUCAUUCACUCAGCACCCUUGGGGUCUACACAGACAGGUGCACGUGUAGGUGUGUGUAUGUGUGUGUGUGCUCUGUACAUAUUAUCUGUUCUCUUAAAGACCAUGUUAACUCUGACACAGCUUUCACAUUCCGACAAGCUUCAUAACAGAGGAAAUAAAGUCAUAUGGAAAAUGCCCAGCAUGAACCUGA